UCCGCCCCUUUUUAUGCCGCAUAGGCCGACUAGAAAGGCUGCUCCAGUGGUGGAAGAGCCUGGCGCUGUCCUGAGAGGGAGGGCUCGGUGUGGAAGAGAGUGAAAAAUAGUUGGAAGGACCAUGCAAGUCAGAGUGGAAAUGAUAUGAAUCGGACAAAGGGUGAUGAGGAGGAGUACUGGAACAGCUCCAAGUUCAAGGCUUUUACCUUUGAUGAUGAAGAUGAUGAGCUCUCACAGUUAAAGGAAUCCAAGCGAGCAGUGAAUAGCCUUCGGGACUUCGUGGAUGAUGAUGAUGACGACGACCUGGAGAGAGUCAGCUGGGGUGGGGAACCUGUGGGAAGUAUCUCAUGGUCCAUCAAAGAGACUGCUGGUACUAGUGGGUCAAACCAUGAAGGGCGUGAACAGCUAAAGAGUCGAAACAGCUUCUCCUCCUAUGCGCCACUACCUAAACCUACUUCUACCUACUCCCUGAGCAGCUUUUUUAGAGGGAGAACUAGACCUGGAAGUUUCCAGUCUCUUUCUGAUGCUUUGUCGGACACACCUGCCAAAAGCUAUGCUCCAGAGCUGGGGAGACCCAAGGGAGAGUAUAGGGAUUACAGCAAUGACUGGAGCCCCAGUGACACAGUGCGGCGCCUCCGGAAGGGCAAGGUCUGCUCACUAGAAAGAUUCCGCUCCUUACAGGACAAGCUACAACUUCUAGAAGAAGCAGUUAGCAUGCAUGAUGGAAAUGUCAUUACUGCAGUUCUGAUCUUCCUGAAGAGGACACUAAGCAAAGAGAUCCUCUUCCGAGAGCUGGAGGUGCGACAGGUUGCCCUGCGACAUCUCAUUCACUUCCUUAAGGAAAUAGGGGACCAAAAGCUGCUUUUGGACCUCUUUAGGUUCCUAGAUAGAACAGAAGAGCUUGCGCUAUCCCAUUAUCGAGAGCACUUGAACAUUCAGGACCCUGAGAAACGAAAAGAAUUUCUUAAGACCUGCAUUGGUUUGCCAUUUUCAGCAGAAGAUUCUGCACACAUACAGGACCAUUACACACUCCUGGAACGUCAGAUCAUUAUCGAGGCAAAUGAUCGACAUCUAGAAUCAGCAGGACAGACUGAGAUCUUCCGGAAGCACCCCCGGAAAGCUUCCAUCCUCAACAUGCCAUUAGUGACAACGCUCUUCUACUCCUGCUUCUACCAUUACACGGAGGCUGAGGGGACAUUCAGCAGUCCAGUCAACCUGAAGAAGACAUUUAAGAUCCCAGACAAACAGUAUGUGCUGACAGCCCUGGCUGCUCGUGCCAAGCUUCGAGCCUGGCAAGAUGUAGAUGCCCUCUUUACCACAAAGAACUGGCUGGGCUACACGAAGAAGAGAGCACCUAUUGGCUUCCAUCGAGUUGUAGAAAUUUUGCACAAGAACAGUGCCCCUGUCCAGAUAUUACAGGAGUAUGUCAAUCUGGUAGAAGAUGUGGAUACAAAGUUGAACUUAGCCACCAAGUUCAAGUGCCAUGAUGUCGUCAUUGAUACUUGCCGGGACCUGAAGGAUCGUCAGCAGCUGUUGGCAUAUAGGAGUAAGGUGGAUAAAGGAUCUGCAGAGGAGGAGAAGAUUGAUGCCAUUCUCAACAGCUCGCAAAUUCGAUGGAAGAAUUAAGUGGCGUUAGCUAGCCUGAAACCUGUCUCAUUUCUUCCUUUCCUACCUGUGAAAGUGGAGAGCGCUCUUCUUGGGGAGAGUCACAGCAUCACAUCGCUUGGGCCCGUCGUCAACAGGCAGUACCUGCUUACUCUUGGGACAGAAAUCAGCACCUGGGCACAGAUAGUUUCAGACUGCUCUUCUGUCCAAGGCCACCAACUAAGGGCUGAGACCUAAAACUCUGACUUAUGAGAAGGAUUCUCUCCACCUGGUGCUCACGUGAAGGUGGGAGUGAUUUCUAGAUUGGGCCCAUAUUGGGCAAGAUCUCUCUUGGUCUGAGAAAUGUGACUGCUCCAGAAAGAGUCUCCUAGACGAAGAGGUACAGGUGUCAUAGGGUGGCCACUCCAUUCCCCUCAGCUGAUUAUGACCCUGGACUUGGUGCUGAGCAUUGGCAGUUUGCUCUAAAUAAAGUCAGAACAGAACAGAAAUGGCUCUCUCCCAGGGGCCUCAGGAAGGGCUGCCAGUGUUGCCAGGACCUGCUGGAGGCGCCCUCACCCCAGACUGCACAGAGCCCUCCCUGUUAGGACAGAGAUUGUCCAGACGUUGUGUUUCUUCAGCCAGCGUCCUUCUGCUGCCCUAGUCUACCCUCUGUCCAGAAACUUGUAGUUCCUCUCUGACCUGCACACUGAUGGCCUUGUGUGGGUGAUGAGAACAUCCUCCUUAUCUUUUCCUCUACUUCUCCCACCCUAGACCCAUAACCUUAAUGGAGCUCAGAUUCAGCAGUGCUGGAGAGCUCCCUUUAUGCACAAAUCUCAUCAUUUCACUAGGAGCUUCCAGAAGUUUCACCAGGGCUAAACUCAGCAGCAUUUCUGACUGUUAGGAUAUUAAGAUGGAGGUUUUAGUUUCACACUUGGUUUUUAAGAGGAGAUUCUGUAACGUUAAAUUCCUGCCCUGCACUAAUAUUAGCCUCUCUUCUCUGUCACUGAACUGGGUUUCCUGGACAUGCCUAGUCUCCUAAUAAAGCUGUUUCUUCCUUGGU